AUGGUCCUAAAGUCUUGGUUCAUCAUUUUCUGGGCCUCCAUACUUCAAAUUCUACUGAAGAAGAGGCUGACCUUUUGUACAGGCACAGAGAUUCCACAUUUCUUCAAUGACCAGGCUCAGAUUCUCAAGGUGGCCCACUCUGAUACCCUCAUUAAUAACAUCUUCUCGUAUGUUGCAGCUGCACUGCUGUGGGUGUUUCCUGUCAUUGGGAUCCUCUUCUCUUACUAUCAUAUAGUCUCCUCCUUAAUACAGAUGUUCUCCACUGCAGGCAAGUAUAAAGCAUUUUCCACCUAUAGGUCUCACCUCUCUAUGGUCUCCUUGUACUAUGGGAUAAGCCUUGGGGAUUACGUCAGUUCUGUUUUGACCCAAUCUUCUCAGAGAAGCUUAAUAACCUCAGUGAUGUACACUGUGGUCACCCUCAUGGUGAACCCCUUCAUCUACAACCUGAGGAACAAGGUUGUGAUGGGAGCCCUGGGAAGACUCUUUAGCAGAGCAGCCUCUUGUUCAUGA